AUGUCAAGAACCAACAACUUCAUCAACUUCAACAAACUCACAAAAGGUGCCACAAAACCGUUAGAAUCUCAUUGGAAAAAUCCUUUUGGAACCAUGUCAAGUGUCAGUCCCGAGCCUACAACCCCAUCUUCCUCGAAGGAACAGACUUCAAAGACUCAACAGAAGGUUAAAAAGCCAAAGGCAACCAAAAAGACAGUCUUCUUAUCCGAUGAAGAGAAAAAAAAACAUCAUAUAGAAUCAGAAAAUAAAAGAAGAAAAGCCAUAAGAGAUGCUUUUGAGAAGUUGGUUAGUUUGAAUCCUGAUUUGAAACCAAGUGAUAAUAGAUCAGAAAUUCUUAUCUUGAAUAAAUCUGCUGAAUAUAUUCAAUUAUUACAUCGUGAUAAUCAAUCACUUGUGGAACAAUUAGAACUUAAAGGUAUAAACGUGGAUGAAAGAUUGAAAGUUAAUAACAAUGUGAAGUGA